AUGACAGAAGAAGUUAUAGUUGCAGGUUCUCUAGGAACCAGCACCAGCUUCGGUCUGAGAUUCGGGCAAGCCAUCUUCUCUUCUUCUUCCCUCCUAUUCAUGUCUUUCGGUGUUCAGUUCUACAGCUACACCGCCUUCUGUUUCUUGGUAACUGUCAUGGGUUUGGUCAUUCCUUGGAGUUUUACUUUGGCCUUGCUUGAUGGAUAUGCUAUUCUUCACAACUACCCUGUUCGUCAUCCAACCGUAAUCUUCAUCAUUCUUCUUGGGGAUGGGGUUUUGUCCAUUUUUACACUGGCAGCAGCAAGCUCCACGGUUAGUGUUGUUGAUGUUCUUCUCAAAGCAGAUGAACAUGAAGAAGAUGGAUAUUACUGUCCUCAAAGAUGUUGUAGCCGAUAUCAGAUAUCAGCUGCAAUGGCCUUUCUAUCAUGGAUUCUUUCAACGGCUUCAUCUCUUUUCAAUCUUUGGCUACUUCCAUCACUGUAACCAUUUCCAUCCUUAGUGAUCUUACAACUUCAUCAUAUUCAUUCCCCUGUUUACUGUAACCAGAUAUGAAAGCAUUGUAAAUUUCUGAAUUAGGCAAAAAUCCUUUUCCCACCAUCCUUGCCUGAACAUUUUGCGCUUCCUUCAUCAUUCCUUCUUCACAUAAACCCUUUAUUAGGAUCUCAUAGGUAUUCCUCUUUCGUAUAAGCUCAUCAUGAUCCGUUGCAAUCUUUAAAGCCUCGAGAACCCUCAAAUUCCUACAAAACCCUCUAACAACAGCAUCAAUUACAUAUUCCUCGGGUUUAAACCCUUUCCUACGCGUGUCCUUAUAAAGCAUCAUUACAGAAUCCAUAUCAUCAUUCUUACAAUACCCAUUCAUCAGAAGCUCGUAAGUGACACAAGUACUCUCUAUUCCAUUCAUCUCCAUUUCUCUAUAGAAUUCUUCAGCUCGCUCCAUAUUGCCCGUUCUGCAAAACCCACCGAUCAAUGUAUUGUAUGACAUGACAUCGCGCCUUAAACCCUUAACACUCAUCUCUUCCCACAUCUUUAAAGCCUCCAAUGUAUCACCAUCAUCGCAGUAAACCGACAUUAAAAUGCUGUAACUGUAUGCAUUCGGUUCACACCCUACUCUAUUCAUCUGAACCCAAAUCUCUUUUAAAUCAUCUACCGCUCCAUGUUGAUAGAAAGAUAGCAUAACUGCGUUAAAAGUAUGUACAUUUGCCACAUUACUGCCUUGGGAGCAGAAGAUUUCAUUGUACAUAUCGUAACAAGCUUGACAACCUCGAUAUUUCGAAAUCGAACUGAGUAAUGAAUUGCUAGUAGUGACAGUAGGGGAAACACCUCGAGAUCGUAGAAGUCGGACUAUGUCGAUGGCUUGAUCGAUUUUUUUAGAUAAAAGACAAGCCUCGAUAAGCAAAUCGAACACGAAGGGAGCUGAAUCGCACUUCCUAUAGGAUUUGACCAGAUAUUUAAGUAAUUCAGGAGGAUUUGAUGAAGAAGAGGUUGGAGUUUCGGCUGGGAAAUGACGAAGAGCGGAUCGGAUAGUGUCUAGGGCUUGAGAUUUGAGACGGGCGCGAGCUAGAGUGUGAAUAAUGGUUGAGUAAGAUGAUAAAUCAUGUGGGCAGAGGGAGCGGCGGAGAGUGAAAUCGAAGAAUCGGAGAACGAGACGGGGAUUGUUUCUAAUGCUGAGAGUGAUUUCGGAAAACUGGGUGGGAGUGAAACCUUGGGGGAAGAGAGUGAAGACUUCGUUCCAACGGGAUUUUGAUCGGCGGUGCUUGAGAAUGGAGACAACUGUGGAGACUGUGUUUUCAGAUGGGUCAAGUUCCAGGUUCUGCGGCGGCGGCGACGGCGGCGGUGGGAGAGAGGAGAAUGAUUGGAGGCUGAUCUGGGAGGAGGGGAGUGAGAAAAGAGAAAGCUUUAGGUUUGGACGGCACAGAGGACUGAACUUGGCGGCAGCCAUAUUACUUCCGGCGACGAUGAACAAAGAGCCUAUCGACUCUUUUCUUCCGGCGAGUUAUAAGUAUUUAUUAUUUUGCCCGAGAAAUAAAAUAAAUUAAAAAUAAUUUUAAUUUUUU